GCAGCCAGAAGCCUCGUUAGCCGCAAGAGCCGCUUCAACUCCCCGACGACCGCGAGUAGUAAUAGCUUUACCACAAAGCUACCGCCCUCUGGUGUCGAAACAUACCCUAAUUUGAUCCUCAAAGCCGAAAAAAUUUCCAAUGGCUCCAAGAACUAAAAAUCGAAAACCUCUUGCCGACAAAGAAACCAUUCCUUGCGCCGCAACAGAUAUCACAAACAAGGACAGGGGCACCGAAACCCCAACCAGGCAGCCCAGGAGACCAGCGAUGGAAGUCAAGCACGGCGACAGAGCCCCUAUGGGUGCACCGUUGGCCAAGAUCAAGGAGGGGGAGGAUUCCAAAGAACACGCUAGAGUGCGAAGAAGCCUUAGACUUCAAACUAAAACGAUUGAACUCGGAGAGGGCACGAUAACAUCGAGUAUAUCCACCACAGCGGUGACGCUCAGCAGGGUGAGGGGAGCACAUAGGAAAUAUAGGAAGAAAAAAGUUGAGAGAAUUGAGGAAAAGAACGGCGGCAGGAUUCCAGCGGGAGUAUCAAGACGGGAGUGGCCGCCGCUUACUGCCGAAAGGUUUGGAAUAGUACAAGAAGAACUAGCGCAUAAUCCGGUACUUUUCCUUCCUUACUUGCAUACGGUUAUAUAAAGAGAGGACUAAUAAAUACCGCAGUUCCAUCUCAUCAUUUCUACAAUAUUCUUAAACCGGACUCGCGGAUGUAUAAUUUUUACCCCUUGAAAUCCUCUCUAUGAAAUACUAAUGCAGCACAGCAGUCGCAAAACCAUUCCUCUGGCGGUGCCUAGAAACCUGGCCCACUCCCGAAAAACUCUCCGAAGCAUCCCUACCGGAAUUAACUGCUCUCAUCCAGCCCCUGGGCCUCCACAACGUCCGUGCAGCACGCUUAGUCUCUCUCGCAAAAACCUGGGUCACCCACCCCCCAAUCCCCUUCCUGGGCACAAUAAAGUACAACUACCCAGCACGAGACACAAUACCAUUCGCUUUGCCAGAGGAGGACGGACCGGAAUGCGGUGUUGAACAGAAUCAACGGUGGGAAAUUGGACAUUUGCCUGGCGUAGGCGCAUAUGCGUUGGAUAGUUGGAGGAUCUUCUGCUGCGAUGAGUUUAGGGGAAAUGACGAUAGGGAUGAGUGGAAGAGGGUUGUGCCGAAGGAUAAGGAGCUGAGAGCUUAUUGCCGGUGGAGGUGGGCGAAGGAAGGGAUUCGGUGGCGGGAGGAGGCUGAUGAGUUCGUGGAGGUUGAGGGUAGGGAUUCUAUUAGGGAGGGGAUUGAUGCUAGGUAAGGGUCUAGAGGCGCUGUGUAUAUAUACUUUCGGCCGAUCAAGCACCGCAACGAACCGACCAUGCGUAUAAACGUACCGUAAAAACUCGAAUAAUUGGACCACACAAAAAGAGUUUAAAAUAAGGUGAGGAAACGCGGAAAUUGCGUAAAGCUGGAAAUCAUGCUAAAACAAGCAGCUUUCACAGAUUAUCAAACAACUCUAUGGUCCAGCAUUUUCGUUCUUUAGCUAAUUACAUGGAACUAGAUGAAUAUGAGGAUGUACAAAUCAAUACCUUGAAAGGUCAGUGCUUCCUGGUCCAGCCAA